CCGUGAUCACCAGUUACGGUCGGUCGCGGACAAUCGCCGCGACACGACAACCUCGUGCACCUCGUGCCAGCCGGCCGUGUGGCUAUGCAUGACGCACGCAUUACAACGCGAGAGAGAGGGGGGAGGGGGGCCACUCAGUGGAGCCAAUGUCGGUGUCCAAAAUCGCGGCCAUCUACAAUGGUGAUAAUCAUUCCGAUCACUCACACACACAGACGCUAGCCGGGAACACGGACAGCGAGCAGGCGAGCGGACGUGCUCUAGGCUGCUCUAGGCCCGGUGCGGCCCUGGGCCCGGCUAGGCCCGGCCAGUAACAGCCAGCGCCACCACCAUGGCCAGGGCCACCAAGGCCCUCCGCGUCGUCGCCCUGCUCACUUCGCUGCAGCACGGCGGCGCCGUCUCCCUGUCCGACAUCCCCAUCAUCGGGGUGAGGUGGCCGCGGCGGCAGUGCUUGCUCCGGACCGUCGAGGCGCUGAACAAGCGCGUCUGCUUGCAGGCCCAGAUCAAAGGCACGCACCUGGAGCUGAGGCCCAUCGCCGUGGGCCGGUGCGAGCACCUGCAGCACGCCCUCGUCAAGACGGCGGUCACGUACAGGAUGUCGGGCCGCACCAGGGUGGUCAUGGACGUGGACGUCACCGUCAACCAGUCCGUCAAGCAGUACACGCAGAUGCUGAUCGAGCUGACCAAGUGCAAGGACGUGGUGUCGGACAACUCCUGCACGCCCUCGAGCCCCGUGGUGCAGAGGGAGGGCGUGUGCGCGGCCAUCCACGCGCCCCUCAUGCCCUGGACCGACCUCAUCAACAAGAUCCACCCGACGCCGCGCUGCCCCAUCCUCGAGGGCAACUACAAGGCUCACAACUUUUCCAUCGACAUGACGGGGGUGGACUCUCUCCUGUCCAAGGAGACCAAGACCCAACAGCUGGAGGGGUUCGUCUGGCGCGCGCGGAUGUUGUUCUUCGAGCACGAGGCGAUCCACUUGUGCUUCGAGGCCAUCUUCGAGUUCGUGCGCGUUCGCAACUCGGCCGGCCGGCUGGCCGACAGAGUCGACAAGCGAGGGCAGGCGUCGAGCACGGUCCAGCCAAGGCGUGCUCGCCCCGAGUCCACUGUGGCCCCCGCGGUGGCUUCUUGAGGUCCUGGAGGUCUGGACCAGUCUGGACGUCUCAAGGGCAACAGGAGCAGCCCUGAGUGGUCUCACGACGAAUGCCUGCCUGCAGCGCCCCCGCGC